CGCAGCGGGAGCGCCCAGCGGAGCCCCCCGGGCCGGGCAGAGCCCCCCGGGCCGGGCAGGAUGAACAAACUCUACAUCGGGAACCUGCCCGAGGGCGUCACCGCGGCCGAGCUGGAGCGAGUGUUCACCGAGCACCGCAUCUCCUUCAGCGGCCGCUUCCUCGUCAAGGCCGGCUACGCCUUUGUGGAUUGUCCCGAUGAGCACUGGGCCAUGAGAGCCAUCGAAACUUUCUCGGGGAAGGUGGAGCUCCACGGGAAGCAGCUGGAGAUCGAACACUCGGUGCCCAAAAAGCAAAGGAGCCGGAAAAUCCAGAUCCGGAACAUUCCGCCGCAGCUGCGCUGGGAGGUUUUGGAUGGGCUGCUGGCCCAGUACGGCACCGUGGAGAGCUGCGAGCAAGUGAACACGGAGAGCGAGACCGCCGUGGUCAACGUCACCUACGCCAACCGGGAGCAGACCCGGCAGGCGCUGCAGCGGCUCAAGGGGCAGCACCUGGAGAGCCACGCCCUGCGCGUCUCCUACAUCCCGGACGAGGCGGCCGAGGGCGGGCGCGGGGCCGGGGCCGGGGGCUCCCCGGGGGCUCCCCCGAAGGCGGCGCCGCCCCCCGAGGUGCCCCUGAGGCUCCUGGUGCCCACCCAGUUCGUGGGGGCCAUCAUCGGCAAGGAGGGGGCCACCAUCCGCGGCAUCACCAAACAGAGCCAGUCCAAGAUCGACGUGCACCGCAAGGAGAACGCGGGCGCGGCAGAAAAGGCCAUCAGCAUCCACUCCACGCCCGAGGGCUGCUCGGCCGCGUGCCGGAUGAUCCUGGACAUCAUGCACAAGGAGGCCAAGGACACCAAGACGGCUGACGAGGUCCCCCUGAAAAUCCUGGCCCACAAUAACUUUGUGGGGCGCCUGAUCGGCAAAGAGGGCCGGAACCUCAAGAAGGUGGAGCAGGACACGGAGACCAAGAUCACCAUUUCCUCGCUGCAGGAGCUGACCCUGUACAACCCCGAGCGCACCAUCACGGUGAGGGGCUCCCCCGAGAGCUGCUGCCGCGCCGAGCAGGAGAUCAUGAGGAAAGUGCGCGAGGCCUACGAGAACGACGUGGCCGCCAUGAGCUUGCAAUCCCACCUCAUUCCCGGACUGAACCUGGCCGCCGUCGGGCUCUUCCCGGCCUCCUCCUCCCCGGCGGUGCCGCCGCCCCCGAGCAGCCCCCCCUUGUCCCCCCGGUCCCCGCGGUUCCCCCGGUCCCCCCGGUCCCCCCCGGAGACGGUGCACGUGUUCAUCCCGGCGCAGGCGGUCGGGGCCAUCAUCGGCAAGAAGGGGCAGCACAUCAAGCAGCUCUCGCGCUUCGCCAGCGCCUCCAUCAAGAUCGCUCCCCCGGACGCUCCGGACUCCAAGGUGCGAAUGGUGGUGAUCACCGGCCCGCCCGAGGCACAGUUCAAGGCGCAGGGCAGGAUUUACGGGAAGCUGAAGGAGGAGAAUUUCUUCGGGCCGAAGGAGGAGGUGAAGCUGGAGACGCACAUCCGUGUGCCGGCCUCGGCCGCCGGCCGCGUCAUCGGCAAGGGCGGCAAGACCGUGAACGAGCUGCAGAACCUGACGGCCGCCGAGGUUGUGGUGCCGCGGGAGCAGAGCCCGGACGAGAACGAGCAGGUGAUCGUCAAAAUCAUCGGGCACUUCUACGCCAGCCAGAUGGCUCAGCGCAAGAUCCGGGACAUCCUGGCGCAGGUGAAGCAGCAGCAGCAGAAGGGCCAGAGCCAAUCCCGGAGGAAAUAGGGAACCCCCGGAUCCCAAAUCCCGGGAAAAACCAGGACACGGCGCAGCCAGGCCGGGCUCCGAGUGCCUGGGAAUCAGCAACUGCAGGGAGACAGGGAUCGGGAAUGAGCCGGGAUC